GAGAAACGAAGUGUUGUGUUAAUCCCUGGCGUCUAGUUGGUGGAAAUCCCCACGUGGUUCCGACUCCUAUAAAAAAAAAAAAAAAAAAAAACUUUGGAGGUCUUGUUGUGGCGACUGCAGAGAGAGAAAGGAGUCUGUGUCUGGAGCAUCAAGACAUCAUCAUCAUCAUCAAGACAAAACCGAGCUGCUCAUGUUUGCAUGCACGCACACGGGACGCACGGUACCGGCGCGAAAUCUACCGGCGAACCUCGUUGCUUAUCUUCAGGAUGAGGAAGAAGUUUGAAUGAAAGGACAACUGGACUUGGAGACUUACAUUGUUGCCCAACUGAACUUUUAUUUUACGUGUGCGCAAAGUGGAUGAGUGGCAUUCCGGAGCGUGUACGAGUGAGUUUGGAGGAUAUUUCACUGAUCCAUCGUGGAGCUCUUUUGGAUUUUAUCGCUGGACUUGCAACUUUGUCCUGCUCGGAAUAUGACGUCCACCCCGAUGAAGAUGACUUCCUCUGCAGCGGUUUUGCUUUUUCUCUGCCUUCUUUCGGCGCGCUCGGAGACUCAGAGCUCGUCCGCGGAGUCGUGCGCGUCGUGCGGCAUCAGGGCUCCAGACCAGUCGGAGCGCAUCAAUGUGGACUUCCUGGAGGCGGUGAAGAGACACAUUCUGAACAGGCUGCAGAUGAGGGAGAGACCCAACAUCACCCAUCCCAUCCCCAAGGCUGCGAUGGUGACCGCGCUGCGGAGGCUGCACGCCGGAAAAGUGCGGGAGGACGGCCGGGUGGAGAUCCCCACUUUGGACGGACACGCGUCCUUCAACAACGAGGUUCAAGCCGAGACCUCAGAGAUCAUCAGCUUCGCAGAAACUGAUGAGUACACAUCCCCAAAGUCCAGUCUCUACUUCCUCAUCUCCAAUGAAGGCAACCAAAACCUGUAUGUGUCACAGGCCAGCCUGUGGCUCUUCUUCCGGGUGUUGCCAGCUGGUCCGGAAAAAGGUCUCCGAAGGAAGGUGACAGUCAAAAUUCGCUACCAGGAAGCUGUGAGUGAUGUAGAAGGAGGCCCGGGAGGACGUGGUGGAGGGGGCACAGAUCGCUGGGCCUUGGUGGAGAAGCGUGUGGAUCUCAAACGCAGCGGUUGGCAUACUUUCCCCCUCUUGGAGGCGGUGCGGGCCGUGUUUGGCAAAGUUGGCCGUCGACAGGACCUGGAGAUCCACUGUGAGGAGUGCGAGACAGCUGGAGUGGCCCCGGUGCUCGUCGACCCAGGCGACCCGUCCCACCGACCCUUCUUGGUGGUUCGUGCACGGCAGGUGGACGGAAAGCACCGCAUUCGCAAGCGGGGGCUCGAGUGCGAUGGCACCAGUGGGGGGCUGUGCUGCCGGCAGCAGUUUUACAUUGACUUCCGUCUUAUUGGCUGGAACGACUGGAUCAUUGCACCGGCGGGGUAUUACGGCAACUACUGUGAGGGGAGCUGCCCGGCCUACAUGGCCGGCGUGCCAGGAUCGGCGUCAUCCUUCCACACGGCAGUCGUAAACCAGUACCGAAUGAGAGGAAUUAGCCCCGGUUCGGUCAACUCUUGCUGCAUCCCCACCAAGCUGAGUACUAUGUCCAUGCUCUACUUUGACGAUGAAUACAACAUCGUUAAGAGAGAUGUGCCCAACAUGAUUGUGGAGGAGUGUGGCUGUGCUUGAGUCCACUUCGUCCCUUAAUCCUCUUUGAUCAGAAAGGCCUUUUGUACAAACAGGACAUUUUUGUACUGUAUACAUUGACAAAACAUCUGCACAUGCAGGCGAGACACAUUGUAGUACAAUCAAGUAUCAUCAUUUGUGGUUGCACAUGUCCAUAUGAGUGUAUGUAUUUAUCAGACUGAGUGAUAUGCUGUCGACUUUGAAGUGGACAGCAUCGGGAGGAGAAGGGAAUGAUGAUCACCAAAUUGUACUUUGCUUUUGUUUGCCAUUUCCGGUUAAACGCAACGGCCCGGCAUUGCCAACUGAAAGAAGAUACAAAGCAUUUAAGGGAAGUGACACAAUCAGCCGAUGACAUGUCGGCUCCCUGAACUGCUCCUCAGACGCCCUAAGUACUUUAAGCACAUGAGAGACUUGUUGUUGUUUUUUUUUAUUUUUGAAGCACUGACAAUUCAUCAGCUUAUACAAUUCAGAACACGAGCACUUCACCGGUAUGCCGACAGACACAGUCUGACCGUCCUCUGGUGGAAUUAUACCAGCAGCGCUUAAUGCCUCACAGGAUUACUCCCUCUGCACUGCAGCAGCAACAGAAAGUCCUCCACUAUUUUUUACUCUUAAUUCCAGACCUCGCACCUCACUUUCCUGCCUGUCGAGUGCUGCAGGCCCUGCGACCAAGAUGACCAGACUAGACACAUCUCAGAAGUGCACUUCGAUAGUGCACGGGGGAGUGAGACUGGGACAGAACUUAUUCCUACUGCUCACUAAGACUUUGUGGGGCACGGAGACACUAGUUUCGACCCAGUGGGUCGCCAUCGUGCAGUGCAGCACUUGGAGAAACUGAAAUGCACACCCUGAUUAGCACUUGUUUAAAGAAUUGCCUUCUAAGGAGUGUUCUGUCCUGUCGUGAAAUAAGUGCCACAUGAGCUAUGCAAUGUAUAGUCGACUCUACCCAUAAUACAACAUGCCCUGUUAGACUGAACCAUAGGGGUGGGCGAUACUGCAAAUUUUCGUAUCCAUCCGAUAUCAAGUAAAUACAGCGCCGGUAUUGCUAAUAUUGAAACUUGAAAGUCACAAUAGCCACAAAAUAAUACAAUUGUUCCCUUUUCUUACAUACAAUUGAGCAAAAUAAAGUCAAUAGUGCAAAAUAAGUAACGACAAAUCAAAAACUACUACUGGCUCUCAUUCAAAUCCUUCAAAGCUCCCCUGUGUCCAAGCACGUAUUCCCUGGGUUUGUAAGCAAUAUCACAACAAAUACACCAAUAUCAACAAUGCCACAAUCGAUAUUCCUCUGGGUAUUGACACUGUCAAUAUUUGAAUCUAUGCGCCCACCCCUACUGAACGCUCUUUCUCUGAAUGUCUCUGUCUUUCUCGUGUUUGCUUUCUCUCUCUCUCUCUCUCUCUCUCUCUCGCUCAUCAGUCCUCGACUCUUAAUCAAUACUUGAAAUGUAAUCUUUCGCAAUCC